GCAAAGUAUUUAAAAAGUGUUUUCUGGGCUUCAGCACUUCACAGCAAGGAAGCUUCGGGCUUCAAAUGCAACAGAUGUGAAGUUUCUCCUGUGGAAGCUAUGGAGAAUUCUGCAGGGUUUCCCCUCACCGGCAAAGCCACGGCAGCAAGCUGGAGAGCUGUCUAGCUGCAGAGGACCGGUUUCUUUUCCUGAGCAGAAAGUUAGACCAUCGGGCUCCCUUUGCAACUGCGUUUGAAGAGCAUCUUAAGAAACAAGGCACUCCUAGAUGGAUCCACCUGCUGCCAGUAGUUGCAUGAGAAGCUCUCACCCUACCAAUGCGCUCUGGGGUUGCCUGCGAAACCAGCAUGCCGAGGGCGGAGGGACCACUGGGCCACACCAUUACCCACAAGCCCCCUUUUCGUUCCACCACAAACCGGACUUUGGCAUCUACUCGGACUUCUCCAAUUCCUGCCUGGCUGCAGCCCCCCAGAGCCUUCCCCGCGACGAGCGAGCUUUCGAUGAGCACCACUCUUCCUUCCAGCACCCCGCGUGGCAUUUUGCAGCCGCAGAGGGCAGGCGACGUCUGGCGGCCGAGCUGGCUUUGGUCUCCGGAGAGCCAGAGGGCAGCGGCCCAAAUGUGGUGGAUGCCGCCAUUGGCACGAGCGAAGACUACGUCCUGGCAGGUAACGUGGUGAGCGAAACGGAAAAGAAGACAUCCAGAAGGAAAAAAGGGAGCGCAGGUAAGGUGGCGUUUAAGAAUCCUAGACUGGUAGAGUUACGAUUCCUCUGAAGGAGCAGGUUCGUAGCUUGGGGGUACUCCUGGAUCCUUUGCUGUUGCUCAAGGCUCAGGUGGCCUGGAGUGCCUUCGGCUGGUGGCCCAGCUAUGCCCCUAUCUGGACUUUGUUUGUUUGCUUAGUCGUGUCCGACUCUUCGUGACCCCAUGGACCAGAGCACGCCAGGCACUCCUGUCUUCCACUGCCUCCCGCAGCUUGGUCAAACUCAUGCUGGUGGCUUCGAGAACACUGUCCAUCCAUCUCGUCCUCUGUUGUCCCCUUCUCCUUGUGCCCUCCAUCUUUCCCAACAUCAGGGUCUUUUCCAGGGAGUCUUCUCUUCUCAUGAGGUGGCCAAAGUAUUGGAGCCUCAGCUUCAGGAUCUGCCUAUCUGGACAGGGAUAGCCUAACUACUGUUGUCUGUGCUCUGGUAACCUCUAGGUUCGAUUACUGCAAUGUGUUAUACGUAGGGCUGCCUCUGAAGUUGGUUCGGAAACUUCAGCUGGUGCAGAAUUCAGAGGCCAGGUUGCUCACCAGAGCAAGACGGUUUGAGCAUAUUACACCGGUCCUGGUCCGACUGCACCGGCUCCCGAUUAGUUUCCGGGCCCAAUUCAAAGUGCUGGUUUUGACCUAUGAAACCUUAAAUGGCUCAGGACCGCAAUAACUCAAGAACCGUCUCUUUCCAUAUGAACCUACCCAGAUCCUGAGGUCACCUUCUGAGGCCUUCCUUCAUGUGAAGAAGGCUCUUCUUCGAGAGGUACGGAGGGUGGCAACACGAGAACGGGGCCUUCUCUGCAGUGGCUCCUCAUCUGUGGAAUGCUCUCCCCAGGGAAGUUCACCUGGCGCCUUCAUUACACACCUUUAGGCACCAGGCAAAAACAGUCCUUUUUAACCAGGCCUUUGGUUGAUCCAAUUUACAUCCUAUGCCCUUUUAAAAUGUGGUUCUUGGGGGGUGGUAUUAUUGGGUUAUUGUUUUUAUUUUGAGUUUAUAUAUUGUGAUCUGUUUUGUGAACCACCCUGAGACCUCCGGGUAUAGGGCAGUAUAAUAAUAAUAAUAAUAAUAAUAAUAAUAAUAAUAAUAAAAAAUAGUUGGAAGGGACCCCAAGGGUCUUCUAGUACAACCCCCUGCAAUGCAGAAAACUCAGAUAAAGCAUCCAUGACAGAUGGCCACCCGACUUCUGCUUAAAAAUUUCCAAGGAAGCAGCCCCCAAAUAUGUAAAUAUCUAUGUGUGAGUCCAGUUAUGCAUCACAGAAAAAUGUGGACCACAAAAAGACACAGAUUUGCAUAAUUUACAUGCAUUUGCUAGUUUAUAUGUAGAGAUGCAAGUUUAGAAAUGAUUACUGUGAUUUGAAUAGAAAUCCAUCUCACCCUGUCAGAGAAGACAGUAACCAGGUGCCCCAUCUGCUUGCUCCACCUCAACAGAGGAAUUUGCUGCAUACUCUCAUAGCUGUCAACUUUCAGAUUUGAAAAUAAGGGAUCAGCAGCCUCACCUGUCCCAGGGACAGUCUACGGGAUAUCUAACAAUCUGGGAUAGCAGCAGGAAGCAGUGGGAAACAGCACUGGAAUAAGGGAAUUUCCUGCAAAAAAAGGGAAGGUUGACAGCUAUGGUGCAUCUAACUCAUUACUGUAUACAGUGUUUCAGACUUGGGGUCUCUCCCAGCCUUUCCUGGAGAGACCAGGGAUCGAACCUGCAGCCUUCUGCUUGCAAGGUGUGUGAUCUGCCACUGAGCUACGCCCAUUCCUCUGAUUUCCCUUCCUGUAGUUCUUUAUCUUUAAGGUGCCCUUGGAUUGGACGGUCCUUCAAAGAGAGGGCUGUUCUCUGUGAAGUAGGACACAUGGCCACUCUAGUAUCUAUUAUUGAUUUGUUUUCAUCUGGUCCAGGAACCUUCCUUUCAAAAAUAAAAUAAAAAAUUUUUAAAUCCAUUUUUGCCUUUAAUGAUUACCAUCGCAAAUGAAUCAUAAUCGUAAACACAUAGGCUUCUCUGAAUCCCCGGACUCCCCUCCACCCCUCGUUAUUCUUUUCCAAAUGCAUCUUAUAAUUGUCUCUAUAUUUUCUUAAUACUCCAUUCUCACCAUAGUUCUCGCUACAGUGCAAGUGUUUUCUAAAAUCCUGCCAGUGUUUUUAAUUGUUUACACAGUGUUCUUUUAAGCACCGUAUUUUUCGCUCUAUAAGAUGCACCAGACCACAAGACACACCUAGUUUUUGGAGGAGGAAAACAAAAAAACAAAUAUUCUGAAUCUCAGAAGCCAGAACAGCAAGAGGGAUCUUCCUGUUCUGGCUUCUGGGAUAGCUGCGCAGCCUGCAUUCGCUCCAUAAAACGCACACACAUUUCCCCUUACUUUUUAGGAGGGAAAAAGUGAGUCUUAUAGAGCAAAAAGUACGGUAACUUAUAAAUUUCCCCCCAUUCUUUAUUAAACUUGUUAUCUUCUUGAUCUUCGAUCUUCCCAGUCAUUUUCGCCACUUCAGCAUAGUCCAUCAUCUUUGUCAGCCAUUCUUCUCCAGUAGGUACUUUAUCUUCCUUCCAUCUUUGGGCAGAAACCUUCCAAACAGUUUGGAAUGUAGACAAAAAACUCUCUGGCAUAUUAAUCAUGGUGAUGAUGAAAGGAAACAAGACAUCAUAGAACAGAGAUUAAGCAAAACAAGUGGUGGGAAAUGCACUGAAAUGAAUUCCACGUUAGAGAAUCCUGCAGUCCUUCAGAUUUUGCUGGACUCCAUCUCCCAUCAUUCCUGACUGCAGCUGAUGGGAGCUGGAGUCCAAGAAUGUCUUGAGGGCUCCAGGUUCCCCCAGCCCUGGCCUAUCAUGGAACGACAAGAUUUCAACAGGCCCAUCUAAAAGCCAGUCAUAAGAGGAGGUAGACUAAUGAGCUUCUUGGGGGAAAGGGAAUUCCACAAUGUGGGUCCCCUACAUAGCUGUCAACGUUUCCCCUUUUUUAAGGGGAAUUCCCUUAUUCCAAAUAGGAUUCCUCGCAAGAAAAGGGAAACGUUGACAGCUAUGGUCCCCUACAGAAAAGGGCCCUUUCUGGCAGCCCAGCCAGCCAAUUGGAUGGCAAUGGGAAGCAGAGCACGGCCUACAGUGUCCAAUGGAUCACAGGGGGUGGGCCGGUUCCUGUGAGAGAAGGUGACCCUGCCCUGUGAGAGAAGGUGACCCUGCUCUGCCUUUGGACUGGUUGGCAAUAUUGGGUUAAAGCGCCCGGGCACCUCUUCUCAACAAACUGAAACGAUUCUGAAAUGGAUUUCAAAUGUGAUGGCUUCUCUCCCACCAAGAGUCUUGGAAAGUGUAACUCUGAGAUUAUGCUCAGGUGUCCUUUCUAGAAGGUUCUAGAAAGGCGAAUCUUCCUCUGUGAAAUAGCCGCCAUUGCAGAUGUUGUUUCACAUCGUGGAGAUGAUCGCAACUCCAGAUUUUUGCAGACAAAGUCUAGUUAGAAGACAACAAUAAUAAAGCACAGUGUUUGGUUUAUGAGCCGAAGGAGCAAGAAAGGAAGGCAGGCGUUUGGAUUAUCUAAAAUAAAAACAUCCCUGAUUCCCUCUGGAGAUGAGAGUGAGACUAUCUCCAGUCUGCAGUCAUUACAAAUAAGCUUCCCAGGUUGCAACUCAAAGAUGGUGUGUAACGUCCUUUAAAUGUCACAUGUUUUCAAGAGACCAUGCAACUUUGGCUGCCCCUCUCCUCUUUUCCCAUUGGUCCCCUUCCUUAUCUACUUCCUGUGACUCCUUUGGGAUGGAAUCAGAUUCCUGCUUGCUAUAGCAGGCCCAGGAAGAGCGUGGGCAAGGCGACUAAUGGCUGAGGAACCUUUGCAGCCCUCCAGAUGUUGAUGGACUACAAGUCUUCACUGACCAUUGGCCAUGCUAGCUGGGGCUGAUGGGAAAUGGAGUCCAUCAACAUCUGGAGGGCUGCAAAGCUUCCCCAUCCCUGGGAUAAUGCAUCAGCAGGACCAACAGCUGCACCAUCCUACAAAGCCUCGUGAAUCAUCCCCACCGGAAUAUGAGACAUCCCUAGACCACAACUUGGCAACUCUAGUUACAGUACUCAACGCACACAGAUAGAUGCUGAGGUUUGAGCAUGCCUUGAAAACAUGCCCUCUGGCCUGGAAGUUCUGCCAGGUAGGUCAGGCCAAAUGCUCAAGCAAUGCAUUAGCUACCCUAUCAGAAUUGUGUAGGUCUGUUGAAUGACAGCAUCUGUCUUAGCUACAUAGACAACCACACCUUGCCCCAUAACCUUUGAAACAAUGCACAAGGAAGCACAUGUCUAGCUUGGAGGCAAGGAACCUGGUUCUUUCAGGGCAGACAACACAUGAUCUCUUCUGCUGGCAUCCAGUGAAGGCCCUGCAGAGCAGCUGCCAGUCAGAAUAGGUGCUAUAGGGAAAGGCUGGCAUGAACCUUGGGGAGCCCUGGCAGGACCCGCUGGCAUUGCUGCCCUCACGCCAUCAUAAAAACACGGGACAAACUCUUCUCUCCCCUAAUAAGCAAAAGCUCUUUGAGGUGAAUUUUCAUUACUCUGGGAGAAUAACACCAGGUAACUAAAAAUAAUAACAACCACCACAUCAUAGUGGUAAUAAAAUAACAGCUUAAGACAGUGGUUCUCAAAGGGUGUGGCAUACCACACCAAUGGCAGGAGAGGAUGGCAAGUGUGGCAGGAAAAUUCAUCAAUAUUAUAUUUUGGGAAUGAUUUGUGUUCUUACGUGGCUGCGUUGUUUUAUACAGUGGUACCUCGGGUUACAGAUGCUUCAGGUUACAGACUCCGCUAACCCAGAAAUAGUACCUCAGGUUAAGAACUUUGCUUCAGGAUGAGAACAGAAAUCGCGCUUCAGCAGCAGCGGGAGGCCCCAUUAGCUAAAGUGGUACCUCAGGUUAAGAAGAGUUUCAGGUUAAGAACGGACCUCCAGAAUGAAUUAAGUUCUUAACCCGAGGUACCACUGUACUUUCUGGAUGUCCCACGAUCAUAUUAUAAAGUUGCUGUGUUCCAGCACAUGCUAAGAGUUGCUUCUUUUUGUUUCCCAAAAAGAAAACUGGUGUGCUGUGAGCAAAUGUUUAUUCUGAAAGUGUGGGCCAGAGGAAAAUAGUUUGAGAACCACUGGUUUAAGACAACAAAUCUGAGUAGGUUUAGAGAAGUCCUACGAGCAGGUAAAUAUAUUUUUCUCUAGCAGCAAAAAUAGCAGCUGGUUUUUGUGUGUGAGUGCAGGAAAGAAGUCAGAGAAAUGCUACAGGAAGGAAGGGGAACCUAUUUUCUCAGGUUCUGUUGCUCCAGUUCAUUUCAGACCUUGCCUCCUGGCAAUGCACAGACACCUGGUUUAAAAUAGAGUAUCAGGAGACCCAAACAUUAAUCCUUGAUCCAAUCAUGGAUUUCCCACACCAAAUGUAGCCAGAACCCAAUAUGCCCUCACAAAUGAGAAGUGGCUCAGGAAUCUUGCAGUGGCAGGUGACUGAUGUCCCCACAGUGCCCUGGGCCAGUGCAGGAUUUGGGCAUUGUGGGGCUGUUCCAAUGAAUGGAAUGGGUGGGGGUAGAUUAUCUGACACGUUCGUUGAUGCUACUGCUGCUCACGGCCACCAUCACUGUUGGGAAGCCUGUUUGCUUCAGUGGGGUGGGGUGGUCACUGUGGAACGGCUGGGGCCUCCCUCACACCCGGCACUGUCCGUGAAUUAGGUCUGGUAUAAGGCAGUGUUCUUUGUUCCUUCCUAAAUUCAACCCUUCCUCCUGGACGGAAAACACAUGCAGUCAUUUUCAGGGGAUUUGGAGGCUAGAUAGCAUGAGCGGUCGUAUCGUUUAAUCCAGACCUGUACUGCGGGCCAGGAAAAUACAGCCAGCAGCUCCCUGUGAGGCCCAAAAAUGUUGCGGCUGAGAGGACGGUUUAGGCAGAAAUUCCAGCCCAGGACCUGCAUUAUGUUAGAGGAGUGUUCUGCAGACAAGAGCGUUGCUUGACACUGAACUUGCUUUUGGGUCUCCCCAUGGCAUCUGCUUGGCUCUAGAUCAGCGGUUCUCAACCUGUGGGUCCCCAGAUGUUGUUGGACUACAACUCCCAUCACCCCUAGCUAGCAAGGCCAGAGCGCAGGUAUGAUGGGAGUUGUAGUCCAACAACAUUUGGGGACCCACAGGUUGAGAACGGCUGCUCUAGAUGGACCAUUGGCUUCAUCUAGCAGGCUUUUCUCGUGGCUGAGUUUGAGUUUAAGACUGAUCCUGUUCUGGACACUGAGGUUUGGUUCUGCGGGAUGGGUUGAAAAGGUAGAAGAGGAUAUAUGAAUUGCAGUUUAUCCCUCCAAGCACCCACGUGUGUUGGGUUGAACAGACUUUCAAAAUCCUGUCCUUGGCAGCAAAACCAGAAGCCUAGGAAUGAGGCUGCAAAGCCUCCUUUGAGCAAAUCUAGCUACAAAGCAAGCUGGCUUCCCCCUCCUCACAAAGCUUGAGAAUGAAUAAGGCAACAAUCUGGGGAGCAAGUUUAAAAAUAAGAUUUUCUUGCUUUAUAAUGAUGCAUUGGUCCACAGCAAAGGCAGCAGUAAAAACUAUGCAGGCAAAAUACUUACAUUUGCAGCAUAACCAAUCGUAAGGAAGUGUCUGGGACCUAAGUACGUAAGAGAGAGGAAGAGGAAGUACUCUGUGCUCCUUCCUCUCCAGGAGAGAGGGGAAAUGACACCAUACAGAAUCCCCUCUGGCAAUCGCAUUUCUAUGGUCUGAGUAUCUGCCUAUCAGCAAUACAGCUCUGUGGAUUUAACCCCUUCUUAUGCUAACUAGCAAGAAUACACAUUCUUGCUAGUUAGCAUAAGGUUUGGCUGCUAAUCUUCCACAGGUUUUGGAAUGUGUGUGAUCCUGAUGAUGAAGAAAAUGUAUUGAGCCAUAGAAGAGGGCCCUUCCCUCAUCACCAAUCAUACCAGAGUGAAUUCCCCAUACCUUGGGCCCGUUCUUUAACCAUCUUGAUUUGUGAAUGCUGGCUAAGACUGGAAUGAGGAACCUGUAUCUGGACUAUAAAUGCCAUCAUUCCUGGCCACUGGCCAUGCUGGCUGGAGCUGAUGGGAUGUUAAGCCUGUUAAAUUCAGUAGGACUACUCUGGGUAAAAUUUAGCUGCAUGCUACUCCCUGUUUUCCACCUAGAGACCCUACCAAUGAACUCGGAUUGCUUGAUCUUUGCAUUCCUUUCAUUAUUUAAUAAUGUAUUUAUUGGAUCUGUAUGCUGCCCUUCAUCCGGAGAUCACAGGGCAGUUCACAGCAUAAAAAUACAAAACGAGAACACAAAAUACCGUAUUUUUCGCCCUAUAGGACGCACCGGCCCAUAGGACGCACCUAGAUUGGGGGGGGGAAUAAAGGGGAAAAAAUUAUUUCCCCCCCCCAGGCGCGGGGCUGGGGCGGGGGAAGCCCGAGCUUCCCCCGACCCCAGCACCCAGAACGGGAGCCAGAGCGAUGCCGAAGCUGCGGGCAGCUUCAGCAUCGCUCUGGGAGCUUGCGGCUGGGGGAGGGGGAAGCCCUCCGUCAGCCUCCAAACCACGUCGGGAGACAGCGGGAUGGCACGCUGCACCUCCCCACUGUCCCCCGAGCUUGUGGGGCUGGCGGUGGGGCUCUCCAGGCUUCAGCGAAAGCCUGCAUUCGCCCCAUGGGACGCACACACAUUUCCCCUUCAUUUUUGGAGGGGAAAAAGUGCGUCCUAUAGGGCGAAAAAUACGGUACAUAAUAAAAACAAGAACAGAAACCAACAAAUAUCCCCCACACAAAUACAUGUAAAAUAACAGAAGGUUAAUUGGCCAAAGGCCUGUUUAUAGGGAAAUGUUUUCACCUGGCGCCUAAAGAUAUGUAAUGAAGGCGUGAGGCGAGCCUCUCUGGGGAGAGCAUCUCACAAAUGGGGAGCCACUGCAGAAAAGGUCCAUUCUUGUGUUGCCGCCCUUCAGACCUCUCGUGGAGGAGGCAUGCGAAGAAGGGCCUCAGGUGAUGGUCAUAGGGUUUGGGUCGGUUCAUAUGGAGAGAGGCGGUCCUUCAGGUAUUGCGGUUCUUGAACCAUGCCAAUUCUCUUUCCUCUGAAAGGUAAAGGUACCUCCUGACCAUUAGGUCCAGUUGUGGACGACUCUGGGGUUCCACGCUCAUCUCACUUUACUGGCUGAGGGAGCUGGCGUUUGUCCGCAGACAGCUUCCGGGUUGUGUGGCCAGCAUGACUAAGCUGCUUCUGGUGAACCAGAGCGGCACACGGAAACGCCGUUUACCUUCCCUCCGGAGUGGUACCUAUUUAUCUACUUGCACUUUGACGUGCUUUUGAACUGCUCGGUUGGCAGGAGCAGGGACUGAGCAACGGGAGCUCACCCUGUCACAGGGAUUCGAACUGCUGACCUUCCGAUCGGCAAGACCCAGGCUCUGUGGUUUAGACCACAGCGCCACCCGCGUCCCUCUCUUUCCCCUAGUGGGCUCACUUUACUUCCACAAGGAAUGUUUCUGUCCUUUCCCUCUUCCAGAAAGCCAGGACACAGGUGGCGGGGGCAGCAGCAGCAGCACAAAAGCAGAAGUCAGCAGCUCCAAAGCAAGGAAGGAACGCACCGCCUUCACUAAGGACCAGUUGCGGGAGCUGGAGGCGGAAUUUGCACACCACAACUACCUGACGAGGCUCCGGAGAUACGAGAUUGCAGUGAACCUCGACUUGACGGAAAGACAGGUGAAGCUCCUCUGCUCCAGCGGCCCCUUGAGGCUGGGCAGCCUCCCCUCCAGCUUUGGGCAACGAUGCCUGGAGACAAUGGUGGAGAGGAGAGGGAAAAUAUUGCGUGAAUGUUCAUUUGCUACCUUGGGUUAAGAACUUAAUUCGUUCCGGAGGUCCGUUCUAGAUAUAGGGUGCCUACAUUCUGCAUGUGCAAAUGGCUUUAGAUACCUAUUAGGGUCCAUAAAUUAUCAUAUAGCAUAUACAGUGAUACCUCCGGUUAAGAACUUAAUUCGUUCCGGAGGUCCGUUCUUAACCUGAAACUGUUCUUAACCUGAGGUACCACUUUAGCUAACUGGGCCUCCCGCUGCCGCCACGCAAUUUCUGUUCUCAUAUUGAAGCAAAGUUCUUAACCAGAGGUACAUUUUUGGGUUAGCGGAGUCUGUAACCUGAAGCAUCUGUAACCUGAAGCAUCUGUAACCCGAGGUACCACUGUACACUGAUUCAUUUACCAAAAACAAAAAACAAACCCCACAAUCACAAGGCGAAUUCACCCAACACAACACCUCCUCCUCCUUCUUCUCCUCCUCCUCCUUCGUCUUCUUCUCCUACUUCUUUAUACCCCACUCAUCUGGCUGGGUUUCCCCAGCCACCCUGGGCGGCUCCCAACAGAAUAUAUAAAAAAGCGACAAAACAUCAAACAUUAAAAACUUCCCUAAACAGGGCUUCCUUCAGAUGUCUUCUAAAAGUCAGAUAGUUGUUUAUGUCCUUGACAUCUGAUGGGAGGGCGUUCCACAGGGUGGGCGCCACUGCUGAGAAGGCCCUCUACCUGGUUCCUUGUAACCUCACUUCUGGCAGUGAGGGAACCGCCAGAAGGCCCUCAGUGCUGGACCUCAGUGAGGGUAGAGACGCUCCGUCAGGUAUACUGGGCUGAGGCCAUUUAGGGCUUUAAAGAUCAGCACCAACACUUUGAAUUGUGCUUGGAAAUGUACUGGGAACCACUGUAGGUCUUUCAGGGCCUGUGUUGUAUGGUCUUGACAGCCACUCCUAUAUAGAAUCACAGAGCUGAAAAUGGGAAUAGGUGAAUCUGUGAAUUUCAGGUCUGCUCUUUUUCUCAUUUCACCAGCCUGAAACUCAGUUCUCCACAUUUGCAUCUUACUUGGGGGUUCAGUUCCCAGUGUUCCACAUAUUCACAAAAACGGCAUGUACCCAUAGCCUUUGAGCUGCCCCCAAGGCUAGUGGGUGAGGGGAAGAGAGGGAAUCCUCAGUGCUUCCAAGUUCUCUGCCUUGUUUGCAUUUACAGUGGUACCUCCAGUUGCAGACGGGAUCCGUUCCAGAGGUCCGGUCGGAUCCUGAGGUUUCCGCAACCUGAGGACCGCUUCUGCGCAUGCGCAGACUGCUUCUGCACAUGCACGCCCGGCGAAACCCAGUAAAAUACUUCUGGGUUUGCCGCGCCUGCAUCCCGAAGUUUACAGAACCAGAGGGUUUUGUAAAUGGAGGUAUGACUGUAAUUGGCACAAUUACAACCAGUUUGUCUUCAACUGUGUAUGGUUGAAAUGGCGCAAGUUAAACAAGUGUACAGUGGUACCUCAGGUUAAGUACUUAAUUCGUUCCAGAGGUCCGUUCUUAACCUGAAACUGUUCUUAACCUGAGGUACCACUUUAGCUAAUGGGGCCUCCUGCUGCCGCCGCACCGCCAGAGCAUGAUUUCUGUUCUCAUCCUGAAGCAAAGUUCUUAACCCGAGGUACUAUUUCUGGGUUAGCGGAGUCUGUAACCUGAAGUGUAUGUAACCUGAAGUGUAUGUAACCCGAGGUACCACUGUAAAUUCAACAACUAUUCAGUCCAGAUUUCUCUCAAUACGAACAUUCUUGCAAGCAAUUUCCCUUAAUGUGAUGCAUGAUUUAUAUUCGCUAAUACAGUGGUACCUUGGUAGUCAAACGGCUUGGCUCCCAAACAAAUUGGCUCCCAAACACCGCAGACCCAGAAUUGCGAACGUUUUCUGGAAGCCGGACGUCCGAACGCGGCUUCCGAUUGAGUGCAGGAAGUUCCUGCAGCCAAUCGGAAGCCGUGCCUUGGUUUUUGAACCUUUUCGGGAGUCGAAUGGACUCCCAGAACGAUUAAAUUCAAGAAGCAAGGUACCACUGUACAUGCAGUCUUAUACACACUCGACCCUAGCCGGUGCAAUUUUUUGGGGGGACAUGUGGCUAGAGAACCGCAUUGCAAAAUUCGGAAAAGUGUGAAUUUGCAAGGGCUGUGUUUGCAUGCAUGCAAGCUCACCUUAAUCCUCUCCCUCUUCUCGCACAGGUCAAAGUGUGGUUUCAGAACCGCAGGAUGAAAUGGAAACGUGUGAAAGGUGGGCAGCCGGUGUCACCCCAGGACCACAGCCUGGAAGACAUGGACUCAGCUGCUUCUCCAAGCUCAGAGUAGCCCUGUACUCAGUGUCUCAGAAAGCCUGGACCAAUCUCUUGGCAUCAUCACAGCCCAGAUCGUCUGCUCUCUCCCUAAGACUUUGCAAGAGUUGGCUGAAGAAGGAGCAGUUUCGGAAGAGACCUGGCCUUGCUUUCCCAGGUAGAUCUGGACUCUCUCCUUCCUUCCUUCUUAUCUCUGACGGAAUUGCUUUUCACAAGCCACCAACAAGGGAAAUCAAGGCACGGAUGGCUUCCCAAUCAUUCUAACGCUGCAGACAUGACAUUGUUAGAACCAUGAAGCGAGCAUGUACGUUGUGUUUGCUCCCAACUUAGCAUCCCUCUCCAGGAUCACAUUCUGGAAAACAGAAACAAGCCGACGUUUCAAGUUUGCAGCAGAAGGAGGCUAGACCACCCAGGAGGUCACCGAAAAAAAUCUUACAGCCAAUCUCUCGAGCUCCCCAGAAGAAAAAGUGUGCAUAUAGAAUUGCCUUAGGCAGUUUCAAAUCCCACUGCGAAGUGUUAUAGAUCGCCCCUAGUACUAUAUUAUCUUCCGCCAUUAAAAGAAAUAAAACGAUUAGUCCUUGCCAAGGGCUGGACAAGAAUCUGCACUCC